CGUAAACACAUGCAAUUACUGACAAAUAAGUCCACGAAGCAUCUUCUUUUCUUUCUAGAAACCGUAAAGCAAACUAUAACUUCUCUUAUCUCUCGAAAACCCUGUCUUUGUAAAUAAAACAGUUUCCAAUUAUUUUCCACCAUAAAUAAACUCUCACAUCCCACCUCCUAAAUUCACCACUCCAAAUUCCACCUCCAUUCCACAAAAACAAAAACAUAUAUACCCAUAAACCCUAACCAAUCAUAACUUCCACCACCAACUCAAAGCUUUCAUUUUUCAAAAAAAGAAUGUUCAGAAGCAAAUCCAUAGUCAUCAGUUCCAAUUCCAACAGCAAUACUUCCACCGUCGCUGCCGCAGCAGUAGCUAUGAGACGUUCGGCCUCAAACGCUACCGCUGUGGUACACACCAGUGAUCUUUACAAAAAACCGCCGCGACCGCGGUCAGUAGAGUUUCCGGCAUCUCCUCAACUGAUACAAGGCGAAGAGAUGGUCCAUUUCGGACAUCCGCAACACGUGCUGGUCAAAGUUGACUUGCCGGAUAUCUACACGUGUACAGGCUGCAAGGAAGAAGGAGCAGGGAUAAGGUACGUGUGCCAAGAGUGCGAUUAUCAGCUCCAUGAGUUUUGUGCUUUGGCUCCUCCUCUACUCAAGUCACAUCCUUUUCACUACCAGCAUCAGCUUCUCUUCUUUGCCAAACCAGCGAAAGGAGGGAUAAUGAAAUCGAAGUGCGACGUGUGUGGAAGAUCACCAAAAGGUUACACCUUUAGAUGCAAGGCUUGCAGCUUCCAAAUGCAUCCUGGCUGCGCCAUGUUAUCUCCUUCCCUCUCCUCCUCCUCUCUCCACCACCAUCCUCUUCGCCUCCUACCGCCCUCCUCCGCUACUAACACCACAGGGGGAGACCACUCCGGUGCCGCCGGAGGAUUCCUCUGCGGGGAAUGCAAGAGAGGGAAGCGAGUCGGGAGGGUUUACCGUUGCACCGUCUGCGAUUAUCACUUGCACGCCGUUUGCGCCAAGGACGCCGCCGUGAACGGUCUCCGCGCAAACGGACACAAAGGGAGGGAUAGGUCUCCGGCGGUUUUAGGAACGGCGGCGAGGUUGGCGUCGCAGGUUGUGAUUGAUUUUCUCGGUGGUAUAAUGGAAGGUCUCGGUGAAGGUGUUGGUGAAGCUAUUUUGGACGGUGUGACUAGAGGCGGUGGUGGCGGUGGUGGCGGGGGAGGAGGGAAUGGAGGUGGUACUAGGGUAACUCCACGUGUUAGGGGAGGGUAAUUAUGGAGUUUGGGAGUUGGUUGAUUAACUAAUUAUGAGUGUUAAUAUGUAUAUGGAAAUGAUUGGUAUUGCUCUAUGUGUUGAUGAUGCCUUUGAUAAGUACAUAGAUUAGUGUUGGUGUUUAUUGGGUUUGAGUGGGGAUAUUAUUUUGAUUAAAUUUGGGGAUAGAAUACUAAGAAUAAGAAAAAUGUGUAUUGUUUAAUUAGUUUGGAUAUAUAAGCAAUGUUAUUUUAUAAUGUUUGUGUAAGAAUUAAUUAAGCAGAAU